AUGGGCCGCACGGCCUCCGAGCCCCUGCCCGCCCGGCCAGCCACCCCCUCCCGCCGCGCGCCCCUCCAGCUCUUCGCGUUUGACGACCGCCGUGGCAACCGCGAGGGCGCCGAAUCUGACAAGGUGCUCGCCUUCUACCCGCCGGAGCUGCCCAUCGAUGAUCAGCUCGGCACGGUCGGCCUCGCCCAGGCGCUGGUGACAUUCAUGACGACCUUCACGGAUGGCGAUGGUCGGCUGCAUUCUUUGGAGACGGAUCGCCACUGGUGGGCUGUUCGCCGUUUUGAGGAUGGCAUCUGGUUUGGGAUGGUUGUGGAAAGGAUAUGGGGGCCCGGGCGGCUGGGCGGGGGCGCAUGUGGCGCUCUGCUGGAGGAUGUGUAUGAGUGGACGCGGCUAUUGUACGGGCCGGUGAACCGGUUGCUGGAGAGGGACCCGAGCGGGACGGGCGCAGCGGCCAGCGUGGGGGAGGCGGUGGAGGGCUGGGGGGAGCGGCUGGUGGGCGGGAGGGGCAAGGGGGACAAGGGGGAGUGGGAGAGCCCGUUCGGCGUGGAGAGGCAUCGCGUGGUGCCGGCGAUGCCGCUGGAGCGUGGGGCGCUGAUCGCCACCCAGGAAGUUGUGGGUAGGCUGUUGACUGCAACACACAACAGCUUGAAGCCGGUGAGGGCAGUGCUUGUUGUGUACGACAAUAUGCUGCUGUGGAGCACCAUGGACGCGGCCACGACUCGAACGGUCUUCAACUAUGUGACGAAAACCAUCUCCAACGGCUCGAAGCCUCAGCUAGCCAGGCGCUCCUCCACACUGAAGAUCCCCUCUGACGGAGGGAGUCUGGUCAGCUGCUGGCCAGUUACAGUCAGACAGGGGCUCCUCACAUUUUUCCUCCUGAUCGACGAGUUUGCCGGUGGAACGGGUCAGGUGCUCAACCAGGUGCGGGGCGUGAUGUCUGGACGAGCUAAACAGAUCGCAGGCGCAGCUGCCGACUUGCUGUCCUCGCGCAACAAGUUCCACGUGUCUGGGUACCGCUACCUCGUGGUGGACUCAGCGAUGCACUACGGCACUGCCAGCCCCAAGAAGAAGUUAGCACACUUGUCCAGAAAGACCUUGGCCUUGCUGGCGCAGGCCCAGGCGUGUUUAAUGGAUAGGGGCCCAGAUGGGGAGCCGCCGUGUGAGGGAGCAGAGGUCGCUGCAAGGGGGGACCACGGGGCAUGGGUGUAUGUCAGGAAGGGGACGACGAACUCCCUGUCAGUGGCGCUGGAGCAGCUUCCAGAUGAGGGCCUCGUGGAGAUAGGCGACCACGUCGGCAAGUUGUGUGAUAAAUUCUUUCCAGGGUUUUUUGAUAUCUAG